AUUUUUUUCAUUUGUACACGUAGGAAGAUGGUGGCGCUGAUGGUGAAAGUGUAAUGCCACGUUGAUGCUCUGUUUGAUGUGGUUUUUAUAUCGAGCCGGUUUGGAGAAUAUCGAUAGUAAUUCAAGAUGAAGGUAAAAGAAAUUGAUCGUACUGCUAAUAUAGCAUGGUCUCCCGCAAAUCAUCACCCAAUCUACCUUGUUGCCGGUACGGCAGCGCAACAACUCGAUGCAACAUUCAGUACAACUGCUGCCUUAGAAAUAUAUGAUUUAAAUCUGACUGAACCAGAUUUAGAUAUGGAACUAAAAGGAAGCAUUGUAUCAGAAUAUAGGUUUCAUAAAGUAGUUUGGGGGUGUCAUGGUGUAAACAAUGAUGAAUAUACAAGCGGAAUUAUUGUCGGAGGAGCAGACGGUGGUAAUUUGUUGUUGUAUGAUCCUGUAAAAUUACUUCAGAAUGAAUCGGCGGUAGUUUGCCAUAAAAAUAUGCAUACCGGUGCAGUUCGUUCACUAGAUUUUAAUAUAUUUCAGCCAAAUCUCUUAGCUUCAGGUGCUUCUGAAUCAGAAAUUUUUGUAUGGGAUUUAAAUAAUCCAACUAAGCCAAUGGUACCAGGCAAAUCUCAGCCUUUAGAAGAUGUAACGUGUGUAGCCUGGAAUCGUCAAGUUCAACAUAUUUUAGCAUCGGCAUUUCCUGCUCGUUGCAUAGUUUGGGAUCUUCGAAAAACGGAACCUAUUAUUAAAGUUUCCGAUACUACUUCAAGAAUACGAUGUAAGGUAGUUGCAUGGCAUCCUGAAGUAGCUACACAAUUGUGUUUGGCUUCAGAAGAUGACAAUCAUCCAGUUAUACAACUAUGGGAUCUUAGAUUUGCUACUGUACCUCUUAAGACACUUGAGCAUCAUCAAAGGGGAGUUUUAUCAAUAGCAUGGUGUCCCCGAGAUCCAGAUUUAUUGUUAUCGUGUGGUAAAGAUAAUAUGAUACUUUGCUGGAAUCCCAAUUCAAACAUUCAAGGAGAUGAGGUUGUUUGUGAACUUCCAACGAGCGAUCAGUGGUGUUUUGAUGUAGCGUGGUGUCACAGAAAUCCUGCAAUAAUUGCUAGUUCAUCAUUCGAUGGUCAUGUUAGCAUCUACUCUCUAAUGGGUGGACAGCGACAAGUCAAAACGAGCAGUAAGAUAGCAGAAUCGUUUCCAGGAUCGGACACUUUCGCUCAACCUCCCAUCCCACAAAAUACUACACGUCAAGUUUCAGUUUAUCUUAGAAAACCGCCCAAGUGGCUAAGAAGACCUGUUGGAGCAAAAUUUGGUUUUGGUGGAAAAUUGGUUAUGUUUACCCACGAAAAGAAACAAUCUGGUCAGCAGUUGCCUCAAAAUAUCGUUAACGUCAGUAGCGUUAUUACAGAAUCGGAACUAAUUAAUCGAGCGACCAAACUUGAAUCGGCUCUAAGUACGGAUAAUCUGAACGAAUUCUGUCAAGUUAAAUUAAAUGAGAUUUUUGAUAAACAAGAGAAAUUGACUUGGGAUUUUAUACAGGCUAUGUUGAAUUCCUCACCACGAACUAAAAUGAUUAAUUUACUUGGAUAUAAUUCUGAAAAUAUAUCUAGUCAAAUUGGUAAAAUCAUUAAACAAAAGGAAGGCAAAGAAAAUAAAAAUGAUUUUGAAUCAAAUAAACUUGCUAGUCAAUUAUCUUCAUUAAAUGUUUCCGAAGAAAUAGAAUCACACAAUGAAAAUACCAAUGUUUUUGAAAUGAUUGCAUCUGAAGGAAAAGGAGUUGACAAUUCUCCAUUUCUUAUUACUUGUAGUGAAGAUUCUGAUGAAGACUUAUUAAAUCAAGCUCUCCUAACUGGAAAUAUUAGCGAAGCAGUCGAACUCUGCAUUAUGAAUAAACAGUGGGCAGAUGCUCUAAUUCUCGCACAAGCUGAAGGAAAGACCUUGCUACAAAAAACACAGUCUAGAUAUUUUAGAGCAAUGACUAGUAUUUCUUCCAAGUUAAUUUCUGCAAUUGUCAAUGAAGACUGGGAACAUGUAGUUCAAACUUGCGAUAUUGAUUGUUGGAAGGAAAUCCUUAUAGCUUUGCUGACGCAUGCCAAGCCAGACAUUUUUUCUAAAGUUUGUGAAAGUUUGGGUACACGACUAGAAACUGAAAAAAGUGGUAGUUUAAUUAAGAAUGCAAUAUUGUGUUAUAUUUGUGCCGGAAAUCUAGAAAAGUUAUCUCAGUGUUGGUUAAAAAUUCAAGAAUUUUCUUUUAAUCCUAUCUUAUUACAGGGAUUAGUCGAAGAGAUCAUGGUUUUGAGAUGUGCAGUCGAAAGAUUGUCUGGUGUAAAGCCCAUUAUUAGUUUGGGAACACUUUCCAGUUUAUUAAAUCAAUAUGCAACACUGUUGGCUUCGCAAGGUAGUCUGUCCAUUGCUGCAACUUUCUUGGUUGAUACGCAAGAGCAAUCUACAUUGAUUCUGAAAGAUAGAAUUUAUCAAUCUCUUGGCCUUCAAUCGACACAAAGACCAUUUCCUCAAGUUAAUGUUAAAGAAAAUACUAUGCAUCAAGUAAAUCCACCAAUAUCAAAGUCAGUCCCUCAGGCACAGAAUUACUCUUAUCAUCCCGUUUCUCAAUACGGACCAACGACCAUGCAGCCAUCUUCAAACUUUAAUUAUCCACCGGCGAGUAACUUUCAAUAUCAGCCGAUGCAGCCUCCUCCUCCUGCGAUGCCGCCUUCGACCGGAAGCCAACCAGGGACACCCGUUAACCAGACAGCACCGCCGAUUCCACCUGUUUCUGAAAAUAUGAAUCAAAAUAUUCAAACUAGAAGUCACAUAGGUCAUCGUUAUCCAAGUCAUCUUCACGAUCCUAGCGUGUAUACGGAACCGUCUUAUAAUCAGUCACCUUAUGGCUACGUACCACCUUCGAGUUCUCAUAUGCAAUCUAAUUACAUGCAUCCGCAAUCUAUCCCACAACAGAGUUAUCAACAGCCUGAAUACUCCUCUCCUCCAACAUAUACUUUGGCUAAUACUUCUAUAUAUGCACCUAAUUCUAUUAAUGCUCCUGCAAAUACGUCAGUACCUCAAUCGAUGCCAUCUAUGCCACCGGUACCACCGCCGCCAUCUCAGCCAUCGAUGUUUACUCCGGCUAGUUAUGAGGAAAUAAAGUCGGCAUGGAACGAUCCACCGCCUUUGACAGCAUCUCAAAAGGUGUUUCCGCAAUCUGUCCCAUUUCAAGAUAAUUAUGAAAUAACUAAAGGUCCUUCUGCAUAUUUUCAUCCUUCUUUGGCUAUGCAGACGAAGGCAGCUUGCCACCCUCCCACAACCACUUAUCAGACGUUCAAUCCCAUUACCACUCCUAUUGUUGGAGCGCCCGUGUCGGAACCGAUGCCGCCUCCACCCGCUUCCAUUUCUGCUCCUCAAGGAAAUUAUUUUGUACCAAAUUAUCAAAAUCAAUAUCAACAAAGUCAACCACCUCCACAGCCGCAACCACCCAAACCAGCACCCGAACCAGUGAAGGAGAAAGGUCCCAUUCCGCCUGAACACCAAAUAUUACAAGAUAUUUUUGAGGAUCUGCGACAUCAAUGCCAACAAGUAGCAACAAACCCUCAAGUCAAAAGAAAAUUGGAUGAACUGUCGAAGAAGAUGGAAAACUUAUACGACAAGUUACGUGAGAACAGUUUAACGAGCGGAGUCAUUCUGGCACUGCACCAAAUCAUCCAGUCUAUACAGCAGGGUGACUAUCAGGGUGCGCUUGCCAUUCACAGUCAGUUGGUGUCCACUGCCAACUUUUCAGAAAUUAGCAGCUUCAUGCCUGGGAUAAAAGUACUCUUGCAGACCGCGCAGCAGUUGGGAGUGUACCUACAGUGAUCAGCCACAGAUCGCAUCGGCAAAACGAUUAUUUUUGAGACAUGAUCUUCCAGUAAUGUUUACGGAGAAAAUUUCUCAGAAAGUUUUUUACUUUAAAAAAGAAAAAAAAGCACUUCACCAUAUCGAGUGUGAAAACAAUACCAUUUAUAGAUUCAU